ACGUAUGUUUAUUACUGUCAAUAAAACUUCUCUAAUUCUUCCAGAAUAUGAUUCUGUACUGUUAACCCAUGGUACAUUUAAAUAGAAGUAACAUAACGUGGUGUCAAAAGUGGUUCUGGAAGAUUAAUACGGGGGAAUCAAAAAUCGAAGAUAAUCAAAAAAAGAAAAAAGUUCAAACUGUAAACAGUAAAAUGGAAGGUUUACAACCCCCAGCAAAAUUGCAGCUGACUGGCAAUGUAACUGUGAAUUGGAGGAUAUUCAAGCAACAGUUUGAACUGUACUUAUCAGCGAUCGAUUAUGAAGGAAAAUCGGAAAAAAAUAAAGCUGUGCUUUUGUUCCAUGUAAUCAGGAAUGACGCAGUAGAGGUAUAUAAUAAUUUUGUCUUUGAAGAUGGAGAUAAUUUCAAUUUAAAGUUGAUAAUGGAUAGAUUUGAAGUAUUUUGUAUACCUAAGCGUAAUUUAACGUAUGAGCGAUUUAAGUUCUUCACGUGUGCGCAGAGAGCUACUGAAACAAUUGAUCAGUAUGUGACUGAGUUAAGAAAGCAUAGAAGAACGUGCGAGUUUGCAUUGCUCACAGACUCUCUUAUUAAAGAUAGACUAAUUUGUGGCAUUCAAGAUAAUACACUAAGAAAAAGGCUGUUGAGAGAGCAAGAUUUAAAUUUUGAAAAAGCUUUUGCGCUCUGCAAAGCUUCUGAGACGGUAAUGUCGCAGGCUGAAGAGCUUCUUGUUGAAAACUGCAAUGUAAACGCUGUAAAACAGCACGAAUAUAUCAAGAAAUAUAAUAAUACAUCGACAAAACUGACAGUGAGCAAGACGGCAUUUGAAAGAAAAAAAUCAUGUGAUUGCUGUGUGCGGGAACAUCCUCUAAAUCAGUGUUUCGCAUAUGGCAAAAUCUGCUACAACUGAGGAAAGGAAGAUAUGGUGAUAUGACAUGCAAUGAUGUGCCAGUACAUGAUUGGACAGAAUACUGAGCAUACGCGGGAUUGCUAGAAUGUUCCAGCACGUGGCUGGGUUAAG